GAGUGCACGUGGACGAGUGUAUGCACACCACAAGGACGCAAAGAAGGAAUGCGACGGACAACCACCAACGCACCACCUAGCAUUAUCAGAGAGGAGAAACAAAGAAUGGCUGCUUUGAAUUUUAGCUACUGCUGCAUUUCUUCACGCCUGACGUCCUUCGGAGAAGAUCAGCUUUCCAUUCCUUCUUCGCUUCAAUCUCCGCCGCUGCUCUCUGUUCGCUCCGCGCCUUCUCUCUUCGUGUCCUUUAGCAGGCCCAGAGGUGCAAUUUUUGCAACAAUGGCUACUGGAACUGUGCAGGAGGUUCUUCCACCAGCUCUUGAUUCUAGUUCGGAUCCUCCUUCCCUUUUCGACGGAACAACAAGGUUGUAUAUUUCUUACACAUGCCCAUAUGCUCAACGGGUCUGGAUUACUCGCAAUUCUAAGGGGCUGCAGGAGAAGAUAAAAUUGGUUCCCAUUGACCUGCAAAACAGACCUGCUUGGUACAAGGAGAAAGUCUACCCUCUUAACAAGGUGCCAUCCUUGGAACACAAUAACCAAGUUAAAGGAGAGAGCCUUGACUUGAUUAAAUAUAUUGACAGUAACUUCGAAGGGCCAUCACUCUUCCCUGAUGAUCCUGCCAAGAGAGAGUUGGCUGAAGAGUUGCUAUCCUAUACUGACACAUUCAAUAGAUCAGUGAUUUCUUCAUUCAAGGGAGAUGGAGUGGAUGAAGCUUGUGUGGCAUUUGAUUACAUUGAGACAGCUCUUUCCAAAUUUGAUGAUGGGCCUUUUUUCCUUGGCCAGUUCAGUCUGGUGGAUAUAGCUUAUGCUCCAUUCAUUGAAAGAUUUCAGCCUUUCUUAUUUGAUGUAAAGAAAUAUGACAUCACUGCUGGCAGGUCAAAACUGGCUGCAUGGAUUGAGGAGUUGAACAACAAUGAGGCUUUCAAACCAACCCGACAUGAUCCAAAAGAGCUCGUUGAAAUCUACAAACGACGGUUCAUGGCCCAGCUCUAAACUCCAGGCCAUUCAAAUUCGCAAAUUGCACGCCCAUCUUCUCAUGUUCUGAAAAUGGCUCUAAACUGAAAUGCAUGUUGUUGUUGUGUACCUUGUGCUUAGCUUGUUCCAAAGACUUUAGUUAUGUGUUAGCAGUUUCUUGCGUUUGAAACGGGAAAACUCAGGUUGGAAACCUUUUUGUCAAUGUAAUCGAACAUUAGGAAAUUAGAAGUGCUUCCAAUAAUAAGAAGCACUUGGGGACUUUCUAUGAUGCAAUGCCAGUAUACUUUCAUUCUAAAAA